AUGGCAGAAGACGUCAUCUUCAGUCUGCGUGAGCUUUCCAAGGAUACUGAGAACAAGAAGCUUUUGCAACAUGGAAUUAUUCUCGUCGGUCAUUCAAUGGGUGCGAAAGUCGCUCUCGCUGCUCAAUUUGGGACUCAAGAUGGAUGGCUACUAUCGAAGAUCCGCGGUCUCAUUCUCAUUGCCCCGGCACCUCCCAGUCCGGUGAAUCUGCCACCUGAGAUGAAAGCUCAGCAAGAGGUUGCCUACGAGUCGGAAGAAUCUGUUCGUGAGACUGUGAAAUAUGUCCUUGCCAAGCCUGCGAACUUGACUGAAUCUGACAUCGAUAUGAUUGUUCGUAACAGCUUGGCUGGGAAUUCUCUGGCGAAGAAGGCUUGGCCUUCGUAUGCUAUGAAGGAAGAUAUUUCUGGACUUGUGAAGCAGGCAAUCGAAAGCGCCCCUUGGAAGGUCUCUCAGUGGCUGCCUCCCACGGUACGUGUGAUAAUGGGCGAGGAGGAUGUUGUGCCAAUGGACAGAGUGCAAUCUGAGGUGGUGUCAUUCCUGGAGAAUCAAGGCAUCCAUGUCACUACAACUGUUGCGAAAGGCGUGAAGCACCUUCUACCACUUGAGGCUCCUGAACUUAUCGCCCAGGAGGUCCGCCUUUUCUGUUGUUCUUGA